GUUCCUAUUUCAGCAGUCAAAUCAAUUUGCUGAUAUGGAAAAAAAAUACAAUUUCUUAAAGCAAGAAGCUGAAAAAUUCCUGGACAUGGGAAAUAAAGUUAACUUUAUUUCUGAAAAGCUUGAGUCUUCUGAAAGUAUCCUACAAGAAGCUGCUUCAUCCAUCUCUGUGAUUACUGAAUUUGAGCAGGAAAUACCUUCUCUUCAUAACAUCAUAAAUGAUAUUCAGAACAAUGAACAGACUCUCUCUCUAAAGAUGCAGAGCAUUAAUGAGAAAUUCCAAAAUGUUACAAAUUCCUGGAGAAGAAGCUUGGAUGAAAUGAAUACGAACGCUAGUAGUUUGAAGUCUGAAGCAAAGUCCAUCCAUACAGAAGUUACUUCGCAAAUUAAUGAAGCUGACCAAAGAAUUAAAUCCCUUUCCGAAAGAGUAAGAGAUCUGGAAUACAGUACGACCAGAAAUAUUAGAACACUAAAAAGGCAAGAAGAUGAUGAAUUCUCUAGAGUUGAACAAAAGUUGAACUUGCAUGCAAAGGCAGUUGAAAAGCUAGAAGAAGAGCAGAACAGUCUGGUAGCCAAGGACACAGACCUGAAUCAGAAACUUGCAGACUAUGAACCUAAAAUUGAGGAGUGCAAGACCCAUUUGCCAACAAUUGAAAAUGCUAUUCAUGCUAUUCUUAGAUUAUCAAGUGAAUUGCUAAGUAUGGAGAGGAAGAUUGAGGACAUGACAACACAGCUGUUUACUGUGGAAAACGAUAUGUUGAAAACUAUUUCUGAUACAGCAGUGAUGCAGAAGGUUCUUGAAGGCAUACAGGACAAUCACAGCAAACUGAGAGUGCAAAAGGAAAUUGUGGUUUUAGAAGAAGUAGUGCAUGACAUUAAAGUAUCUUCAGAAGCAAAAGAAAUAACUUUAGAAAACUAUAAUUUAAAAAAUGACUAG